AUGGGUAAUCUCUUUUCUAAAAAGAAUGGAUUCGAAAAACAACUUUUAGAUAUGGAAACAAAGAUAUUGAAUUUAGAGGAUAAAUUAUCAAAUUCAAGAAUAUUUCAUCAAAAGGUUCUUCAUAAAAUUGUACUUUAUAGUUUUGCAAUCGAAUUUUUUAUAAUUUUAUUUACAUAUGUCAAAUCACGUUCUUUAGAAUCAAUACCAGAGAAACUGUUUUGUUGUAUUUAUUUAGUUUUAUUCCCAAUAUUUAUUUUAAUUUUAACAAAAGUAUAUGGUUUCGUUUAUAAAUAUUUAAUUAAAAAGAAUGAAGUCAGAUUAGAUAGUUUAAAAACUGGUUUACAAAAGAAAUUGGAUGAAAGAAAACGUGAAACCGAUUACGAAAAUACUCAAAAAUUAUUAGAUAGAUAUGAAAAAAAUCCACCAUCACCAACAAAUAAACCAUUAGGUCCACCAAAUUUGAAUAAUAAUAAUAAUAAUAAUAAUAAUAAUAAUAAUAAUAAUAAUAAUAAUAAUAAUAAUAAUAAUAAUAAUACUUUAGGUAAUUCAAUGAGAAAUAGGAAUCAACCAUUUAAUAUAUCAUCUCAACAAAAUCAACAACAACAAAGAAUGAUUCAACCACAACAAUUAUCUCCACAACAAUUACAACUUUUACAGCAACAACAAAGAUUGAGUCAACAAAUUGUACCAUCACAACAACAGCAAUCACAAUCACAACCACAACAACAGCAACCAAUUUUAAACCAACCAUAUAAUAUAAAUAAUAAUAAUAAUAAUAACAAACCACCACCACCAAUUCAAUUACCUCCACAACAAUCAUCUCAGUAUAUUGGUAACCAACAGAGAUUACCUCCACAACAAUAUCAAAAUGAACAAAAAUCAAAAUGGUGGUUAGAUAAAUUAGUAGAUUAUUUAAUUUCAGAUGGACCUACUCAUGGAUCACCUUUAAUUUGUAGUAAUUGUCAUUCACAUAAUGGUUAUGUACCUGUAGAGGAAUUGUCAAAUAUUCAAUUUCGUUGUAGAGUUUGUAAAACAUUCAAUCAAAGGGAUUCUGUAAAUAAUAGUACAACUAAUGAUGACAGAAACAAUAGUCAAAAUACAGGUUCAAAUCAACAACAAUCACAAUCAUUACAGGAUCAACAACCAUCAAUUGAAGAGAUUGAUAAAAAUUUCAGUGUAACAGAACAAAAAAAUGAAACCAAUAAUGAAAAUUAUAGUGACAGUGAAAAACAAUUGGAAGAAAAUAAUAAUAAUAAUAAUAUAGAUAAUGAUAGUGGUAGUAGUAGUAGCCAAAAUACACCAAACAAAAAAAAAGGAAAAGGAAAAGGAAAAGGAACUCCAACUAAAAAAACUAAUUGA